ACAAAACGCGUUAUCAGACAUAACAUCGUUUUAAUUUUAAAAAAUUAUUCAAUUUUAGAACUUUCUGUAGAGGCUUAUUAUUAUUUUUGAAAUUUUCUACAUAAGUGAAUUGCAAAAAGUGCACAGCACUACUUGUGCAAUGCCGUCUCACAUGAAUUGCUGUUUUAACAAAUGUACCAAUUCUAGUAGAAGUACUCAAAAUCUCUCGUUUCACAAGUUCCCAACAAAUGAAAGUUUGUGUAAACAAUGGGUUGAAUUAUGCCAAAAUGACAAAGUCAUACAGAAAUUUAAAAACCACGGUUCUAGCCAGGUUUCUAAAAGCUUUAGAAUAUGUUCUGAACACUUUAAAAGAGAAGAUUACGUUUUGUGGACUACAAAAAAAAAAGUAUUGCAUAAAGGAUCAAUUCCAUUAGGACACAGUAUAAGUCCAAAAACAACACAUGCAACUAUUGCUACUUGGAGUGAAAUGAUUACUGAAGAUGGUGAAUCAGUUGCUAAUAAUGCAAGCUGGAGUCCACAAGCUACUCAAAGUUUUGAUAUAACUGGGCAAGUACCUGAACAGGGUAAGUAAAUGAGACUAGUUGCACUCUAGCUAGAGUAUUAAAAAUACUCUUCAAUUAAGAAGACCAGAUAAUAUUAAAUUACUUGUUUAAAAAUAAAUUAGUGACUCUUGGUGAAUGUUAAUCUACUAAGUUAUAAACAUUAUACUGUAUCUAUGAUAAAUAGUACUGGUGUAUUUUUAAAUAGAAAUUCAAUUAUCUUAAACACAUUUGACUACUGACACAUUAGCAGAGAAUAUAUUUAAUAUUCUUAAUUUUAUAUUUUUUUAGAAAUAUUAUUAAUAUAAAAUGUAUUUAUAAAUAUUUUUCAUUUGACAAGAAGUAGCUAAAAAGCAAUCAGUAAUUCUUUAAAUUUUCUUAUAAAUAUAAAAUUAAUUUUUACUUCAAAUAUUAAUAUUGUAUUAUUGUUGAUUAAAAAAUAAUUCCAUAAAUAGAGUUUUCUAUGCCAUAACGAUGUUAUGACUUGAGUGAUUUUUAUGAACAUUAAAUUAAUAAGUAAUUUAAAUAUUUGAUGUAACAUUUAUUUUGCCUUUAUAAAUUUCUUCUUAAAAGGAAAGUAAAACAAGGUUAUUGAAUAUUUUUAAAUGUGCUUUAUACAAAACUUAGUUUUUUAUAAUGAUUAGUAUAUUAUACUAAUUUAACAGACACAAAUUAAAAGAUACAAUAGAACAUUUAUUUUAUUUUUAAUUUAUUUGAAUAUAAUAAAAUAAAACAGUAAUUUGUUAUUAGGAAUAAUAUUUUGUUGAAAAAAUAGUGUAUAAUGUAAUUAAUUGAUCUAUUAUUACCAUUUAUGGAAUGUUUUAAAAUUUUAUACUAGUAACUUGAAGUAAAUAUAUAAUUUAAAAACGUUUAUAAAUAAUUGUAAGUUAUCGACAUUUAUUUAAAACUAUUUAAAGUUAUUGAUUUUCAAACAAAAAGCAUUUCAACUUUUAUUUUAAUAUAAUAAAAAAAUUGAUUGAUUUACAAAUUAAAAUUAUUUCUAUUAAAAAAAUGUAUUAUUUUAUAUAUUUGAUAUAAAUUUUUAAUUUUUAAUAAUUUCAAAAAUUGUUAGGUCAGAGAAAAAAAAAUUCAUAUCAACGUUUUAGGUGCAAUUACUAAUUAUUUGCCUAUUAAAAUAAACACUUAAUUAAUGAAAUAAAAUUUACUACAAUAAUAAAGCAUAAUAAUCAUAAUUUUUGUAGUAAAAUUGAACAAGUAUUAAUUGGUUUCUGCUAUUUUAAAAUAGUGAUGCUUUUAAUCUAUUUUAUUUGUAAAUAUGACUAAUUCUUGAAUUACAUUUAUUUCUACUUAAUUAAAGUUAUUUUCUUUUGAUGAAAUUUUUUUAAAAUAUUUAUUAAUCUGUAUAAAUCAAUAUUUGUUACUUUAUACUGACUAGAUUUAUUAUUGUUUUAAUUUUUGAAACAUUUUUAAAAUGAUUAAACAUUUGUAUUCAGCUUAUUAUCUAUUCAUUAUUACACAUUUAAUUUUUAUUUAACUUUUAGUAUAUUAAAAAGUUCUUUGAGUUUUUUAGUUGAAAUCAUUGACAUAAAUAUCAAUUUUAGUUGAUUUAAAAUUAAAUCAUGUUAUAAUUUUGUAAACAUCUAAAUAUAAAUAAUGUUUUUUCAAUAAUGGCCUUAACUUAUUUAAUAAGCUAUUUGAUUUUAAUAUAUAUGUAUAUUUAAUAUUUUUUUAGUAUUUUCCCUACAUUAAUUGUAAAAUUAUUUGUAAUCUUGAUGGGUAAUUUUAUAUGUAUUUAAAUUUAAGUAAGACUACUUUAAAAUCUUUUCUGUUUAUUAAUAACUAUUAUUAAACAUUCUUUACCCAUAGGUUGAAAAAGAAAUCUUUUUUUGAUUUUAGAAAGAUGUUAUAUUUUGUAUUGAACGUUUUUUUUAGAAAUUCAUAUUAUAUGAACGAAGUUUAAGUGCAUAAAA